UUGAUCUCACGUAGGAUGAUGGGAGAUUUAAAGCAAGUAUCUGUCAACUUCCAAGAUCAGUACCGAUUAUCACUCAGAUAGGGUCAGAUGAAUUAGAAUUAGCUUUCUGCGUAGCUGGAACGGUGAGCUGUUUGUUAACCGUCAAACCAUUCUUCUUGAUUCGUCGUGGACCACUGUCUAAUCCAUAGCCAAGCACACACCCCAGGUGGCUAUGAUGGAGAUUGACGCCUUUUCUUUCCAUCUCAGUCCCACAUCGACAACGAGAAUAUCGCCGUCGGAUAGCACCAGUGGCAGUUCUUCGUCGUCGUUUCUCAUCAGCAACAUAAUUGGAAAAGACCCUGUAACGCUGGUACACGGCGUGAGUGGACCAGCAACCUCCCCGCUGUGUUCUACACCACACCAACUGGUGAACCAUACCGCGGGACCGUCAGCGUUUCAAGGCGUCACACCUUCCCCGUCGUCAGAUCUAGCCACACCUGGCAAGGAACAUGACGAGGGAAGCCACGCCGACACUGCAUCGCAAUCUGCCGCAUCAGACGGGGACAAGGACAAGUCGCAGAAGAAAGGGCGCACCGCGUUCACGCGCGACCAGAUCAAAAUGCUGGAGAUGCAAUUUCGCAUCAAGAAGUACCUUACCGCUCCGGAGAGAUGUCAAAUGGCGCAGAAGCUGAGUUUGACGGACACGCAGGUGAAGACCUGGUUUCAAAACAGAAGAAUGAAGUGGAAGCGGCAAGCAGAAGAGUACGAAAUGGAUCAGAGAAUUCGACAGCAACGCCUAGCUAAUACCAACCAUGCGUACCAAGUACAAGCUUACCAGCAGAUGAUGCACCCAGCUGCUGCGGCUGUCCAUGCGCAAAACAGCUUCAGGCCAUCAACGUCGCUCACUCACGAUCCGCACUCUAUGACGGCAAAUCCGAUGAACGCGUGGAAUAGCCCAGCCAGCGCGCCAGCACCAGCUGUAACGGCAUACGCCGCGGCGGCGCCGGCGCCCGGCCCGUGCAACUACUACCCGUCCAACAUGGCCAUGUCUAGCCGCGCAGGCACUGCACCAAUGGCAGCGGCCCAAGCUUCGCUACAGCCGCAGGCCAGUAGACCGCAGGCAGCGUGGGCAGUACCGCAGGCACAGUUUCAAGGCGGCAUGGUGCAUGCGCUACAGCACAAUCCCAGCCAGCCGCAAACCGUGAACGUUUGGCAGUGAGAGUGAGAUUUCUGGCAGGGUGGAGUCACUGCUGACGGCCGUGUUCCUCCUGCAGGUAUCUCAACCUAAGAUUGCUGAUGAUGACUAGAGAGUGAUGUACAUGUAUCUACAGCAACGGCACUACGGUGAAUGUGCAAAAACGAUAUGUUCGAACAGACCAACACGUCCAGUAUACCACAACUAAAGAGAUCAAUAAUUAUACCAUCAUGGUCAGGACCAAGUUUUUGUCUUGCAAUCGCAUCAAUAGAUUAUGCUGUCACGAACGCUCAAGGUUACCGCUCGCCUCGCAAGCAACCAUUCUGAGAUCCUCGUAGUAGACAUUUCGAUAAGCACGCUUUCCGUUUUUUUGUCAAUCCUCAGACCGGGCCGCUAUUUGCACACCAGCACCGAAGUAGCCAAACAAGAAGAAAGUACAACAUAUCCUUGGCUGAAUGAUCACUGCCACUGGAAAGAGAACACCCUGCUUGCCUACGACGUGGGAUGCCUAUCUAUUCGGCUGGGAACAAACACAGGAUACCACUACGUAACCACUGAAUUCGGACAGAUUCACUUUCCGGAGCAGACCGUUUCUACCCCCCCCCCCGACCACCUCCUCGCUUCCUGAACAUGCCCCUUUAGGACUGGGCGAUAUAAUCUAUGUGAACUCAUCAACACCAUGUAAAUGUACCACUGGAGACUGUGUGUCUUGAUCCGCAACUUGAACUGACACGAACACUGCCCUUGCAACAACACUAUCACAGCAAUGCACACACACAUACACACACGGCGUCCGGGCAAUUGAUUCUAUUCCUACAUUUUUUUCUAAACACAGUGCGAUCUUUAUCUGAAAAGCCAUCCACUAUUUCAUCACGAGUAAAUUAUUCUCUUCCACCCCCAAUUUGAAACAAAGCUUUUACUGUGA